GCAUGAUGCAUCAUCCAGUCUGAGUUUACAUUUUGUUUCGGUCGAUGAUCCUCCGUACCUGUUUGUGCCUAAUUGUUUAGUGACUGUGAUAAUAAAAUGCGUAAAGUCUUUCAUUUUGGCGUCUGAAUUAAUUUCGAUCGUUUUUAUCAUUCGUUCGAUUUGCAAAAGUGCAAUAGUUGAAUUGAUAGCAAUGAGUUGAUUCAGAUUUCCUACGGUGAAAAUAGUUAAGUAAUCUAGCUAGAAUGGAGGCAGAGACUGAUCUAGUUGAAACUUUGACUGAGAAAACGACGGCCAUCACGAUCAACGGGACCAACGGUAGCCAAGUGGUGAUGGAGCGACAGAUGACGUCGAGCAACGCCGACCACAAAACGGUGGAGAUCUUCAAAUUCGAGCAGCACAUCGACAAGCAAACGACCUACCAGGACUUCAACGACGAGGACAUCGACGACGAGGUCUUCGUCGAGGAGGAGGUGGCGAGCCGGCCGCGGCCGCGCGAGCGACGCAUCAGUGACGUCAUCGAUUGCAUCGGGACCCCGCCCUCCCCCUCGCUCUUCUCGAAGCGCCACAGCUUCAACGAUUUCCCGCUCCCGCUGGGGAGCCCGGUGGGGCGCAACGUCCCCAUCGUGAUGCACCCCUCCACGUCGGACUUCAACCUCAAGGGCAACUUCGGGCUCAACGGGAAGGGCGGGCAGUCGCCCCCGAGCGCCACCGCCUUCAACUUCUGCUCGCCGCCCUCGACCCCCUUCUCGGAUGGUGGUUACGGGAGCAUCGGAGUCCCCACGCCGCCACCCCCGUCGGCCCUCGCCAACCGCUCGGCGUCGCACUUCCGCUACAGCACCACCAGCGUCGAGAUGGUCACCACCAACGACCAGGUCGACGCCAAGCCCAUCGUCGAGCACAACCCCCCGCCCUCCGAACGCGUACCCUGCAUCGAAGCAUCAAUGCCUGUUCAUGCUGAUUCAGAAGAGUACAACAUGAACCAUGCUCGACGAGGCAAGGCAAUAAUUUUUAACCAUGAUAAAUUUACCAUGGCAAACAUGAAAGAUCGAAUCGGAUCUUCCACUGAUGUCAAGAAUCUGAAUGCUGUUUUUACCAAUCUUGGGUUUGAAGUGUUCAUCUACGAAAAUCUUGAGUGGACCAAGAUGGAAUAUUUGCUCCAUAACUUGAGCCAAGAAGAUCAUUCAGAUGCGGACUGUUUGGUCGUAAUUGUGUUAACUCAUGGUCUUGGACCAACUUACCUUGUUUCGGGAGAUGUGCCUUAUCCUGUGGAGAGUCUAUGGACACCCUUCACGGCGGACAAGUGUGUAACUUUGGCAGGAAAGCCAAAGCUGUUUUUCAUUCAGGCCUGCCGGGGAGAUAAGCUGGAUGGAGGUUUGAACUUGGUAAGCCGAACCCAAACAGACUCUGGGAAAGCAGGUUAUAAAAUUCCAACUCACGCAGAUUUUCUCCUUGCAUUCAGCACUUUUGAAGGGUUUUUUUCAUUUCGCCAUCCCGAAAAUGGUACUUGGUUCAUACAGAGUCUCUGUGAGGAGCUGAACGCGCAUGGUACUUCAAUGGAUUUACUCAAGUUAUUGACACGAGUUAGCCGUCGUGUGGCCAUAAACUUCCAAUCUUACAAUGAUUCCCAGCCUUGGUUUGAUGAGCAAAAACAAGUGCCCUCCAUCAACUCCAUGCUGAUCCGAGAUGUCUACUUUCGACCCAAGAGGCCUGCAAUAGAUUUGUCCCCAAUGAUUUGAUGUUUUCAGUCAAUUCAUAGGAAAAUUGUUUUUUCGCACCACGGAACCUUUUGCCAUGUUGAUGAAGAAGUGUGUGUAUUGUUACUUACCUUCAUUUUUAUCUUUCUUCUUUUUUUGCAUUUUAUUUCUAGUUAUAUUUUUUAGUACGUAAGAAACGUUAUUUUUUAUGUAGAGUUUAUGACAUGGUUUCAAAAGGUAUGCUGAAGUUUCAGUGCUUGCUGUGCUGAAUAUCAUGAAAGUUUUUCUGAAGAACUGAAACUUACAGAUGUUUGCUACUCAAUAAUUUGAUGCACUUGUUGCCUCUCUUAAAUUUUUGCAUGAAAGUGUCAAGCUUUUUAAAUAUCUAGAAAGUUACUGAGAGUUUUCAGGUUUUAAGGGAUGGCACCAACGAAAUUUCAGUAAAAUUACUGAAGAGAUGAAACUUCUGAGUGUCUGUUCUUUCUCAGAGAAAACUUGUACCGAAAAAUUGAAACCAUCUAUCUUAAAAUUUGAAACGUCAAAAAAAAAAAAAUACAAUUAAUAAGUAUAUAAAGGAUAGGCUGCCAGAUGCGACGGAUCUUGCAUGUAACAUCGAUAGAAUGCUCUUUUUACAAAAACAUUCCAUCCGGUUUUAUAUACAUGGUGCAUUUAUUAAUCAUUUUCCCUGUAAAAAAUGAAACCAAAAAUCAAAUCAAAAUGCUCUGUUUGCCACCUUUAUCUAAAAUCUCAUAAAAAUAUAAAAAAGGCAAAAAAAGUAAAAAAAAAAAUUAAUAUAUUUGUUUUUGUGCUUAAUUUGAUUUGUAAAACGAGAAAAGUUUCAUUAAAAACAAUUCGAACACUUACACUGAUCGACACAUAAAAAUGCUCUCAAGUUUUGACGGCAGAAAUUUACUAAUUUUGGAUUGUUGAGUCAAAAAAGAACCUCUGUUUUUCAUUAUUGGUCUCCGCUUUUGGAUGCAAUCUCUCUUGCAUAACCCCAAAUGAAACCAUGUUAACCAUAUGCAAUUCUCUUAUAAAACUGAUCAAAUUUGUUUUUGUGGGUAAGAAAGGAUCUAUUUUUUUACCCAGGUGUCUGCUGAAACUUUUCCUACUUACUUUUUGCCGCUGAAACGACCUCUAUUUCUUUUCAUUACAAAUAAUUAGUAGUUGAUGACAACAGACUAAGGUCAUUUUCGGCUUCAGCAGAAAAAAUAAUGGGAACAGUGCCCCAAUUGGACUACUUGUUCUUAAAAUUUCCCCUUACUUUUUAGGUGAAAAACAAUUGGAUAAAUUUUUUAUGGUGAUGACAUGAGGUUCAAUCGGUUCUAUAGGGGUUGCGGAGUGCAUGCAAACUGGAGGCUUAUACAGUGAAGUGGAAUUCAUUUUCGGACCUAGCUAUCUAAAAUUAAUAAGGCUCGGCCAUCAAAUCUUAAAGGCAUUUUUCCGGGUUUUUUAUUUUUUUUUGGUAGGUCAGUGUUAUGAUUGCAAGUACUUUCUUAAAACUUGAGGUGCAUUUAAUGUUGCAUUUUUAGUGUAGUAAAAUGUAUUUUUGAUGAAAGUAUUAUGUAGGUACAUUUCAUUCAUUUGUCUCAAAUUGCUAUGUAAUGUAUGGAUCUCAAAAGUUAGAUGUAGAGUGAUUUUCUUUCAUGUAAUCUUCAAAUAAUUUUAAUUUACUUUUAAGGAAUUGUUGCAUUUAGCCCAGUCAAAACCCUUGCGGAAGAAUAUAUAAUUGAGUUUUCAGUUACCUCUGAAAAGAACAAAAAAAAAUAAUUCCGGAAAGUUUGAAUUGCCGCUUUUUCAAUGCAAAAUUAAAAUGUAAAAAGUAUAAAAAAAGAUCUUUUAUCCCCAUGACUUUUUUCUUUUACUUAGAUGCUUUGUUAUGCGCCUGUAUUUUUUCAUGAUUUGUAUGACUAUCCAGUCUCUGACUGCUCUCAAGUCUCCAUUCUAUCAACUUACUUUCAGUGCUUUUCUUCCCCUGUGUAAAAAUAUUUUCUACACGGCUCCUUUUUUUACUUUUUAAAUUGGUUUUUUGUCAGAUAAGUCGGCAGUUAUUUACCGUUUGCAAGCAACUGCACUGCUGUAAUCCAUUAGUGAUCAAGGAUCGACCGAGUGCUACAACAACGCUGUGCUGCUGUUGUGCACAGCAAUGGGAAACUAGUACCUUCUUCUGAGGAAAUUUUGCUUUUGUCCACUCCGUGUGAAAGUCUAAAGUAAACAACUGCUAAUUUAUUUGAAACGAGUUCUACUUGCCUCUGUUUCAAUGCAAAAUACAAAUGUAAAAAAUAUAAAAAAGAAGAUUUUUUUGGAAAUGCGAGGAUGCUUUUUUAUGCGCCCGUGUUUUUUUAUGUUAUGACUUUAUACAGUCUGUGAACGCGUUCAAACCUCCAUUUUAUCAACUUACCCUCGGUGUUAGUUUCCCCCUAUUUUUACAUAUUUUCUGAAAUUGAAAAUAAGCUAAUUUUCAAUUAUACUUAAGGCAAUCAAACUUUUUGUCGAGACUGUUUCAAAAUUGUGUCUUUCAUUUAGCAUAAUUAUUUCUCUCUCAGCUCAUAUCCUCAAAUGUUUAGCUCAAUUUAGUAGGUACUCUUAAUUAUUGUUUUUAAAUGUAUGUAUGCUUUAAUAUUGGUUAUUAUGUGCCCAGAUUCUUUCAUCAGUAAGCGACUGUUUCAAAAUGUUUCUUUCUAAUUUCUAAGGGAAUUUUGUAGGGAUGGAUCUCAAAAAUUAUUUUGCUAGAUUAUUUCAUUCACACCAAGUCACUUAUUUCUUUUAGAUAUUUAUGUUUUUAUAACUCAAAAGAACAAACCGUCUUAUUUUUAAAUUGUGGAAUGUGAAAAAUUGCCAAUCAUAAGACUGUUCUUUUGCUUCAAUGCCACUUUAUCUCAUUCGUCUGGUUCAAAUUAGAAGUUUGUUAAAUCUUAAAGUGUCAUUCUUCGAAGAGAGAGAGAGCACUGGCUGGUAAUUUACUCUAUCAAUUGUUUUUGCAGCCAGGCUACUGCUUAGUUAAAUGGAGUAAGAAAUUAAGCAUUUCAAAAUGUUUCAUGCAGAUAUGUUUUUACAGUGUUUUUUUAUAUAUAUUUCUCAAACAAACUUGUGAACUGAGCAAGUUUUCAUUUUAUUUUUUGUUAAUGUAUUAUACUUUUUAAGUCAUCAUUUGUAGGCUAGAAAAUAGACUAAUUUAGUGGGCUACAGCAUGGUGCAGUUGUAAAAAAAUAUAACCUUGUCUUUGAUUCAUGCCCUUUGAACCAUAAUGAUAACAUGCCUUUUAAGUGUUUCUUGCAGUGAAAAUUUUUGAUGUUUAAUAAGUUAUUAAUUGACUUAUAAUUUAUCAAUGACUAAUUUGUAAUGAAUUAACAAAAUUAACUUUACAUAUUUGUCUCUGGAAUUUGAACACGAGGUUAUGUUUUAUUGUAUUUGUUUGAACCAUCGCAAACUGAUGUGUAGCCACUAAAUCUGCCUUUUCUAAUAAAUCUAAUGGAUUUUUUCAACUUUGCAUCGAUUCCAGCAUGAUAAAUACCUUUUUCUGGUAUUAAAAAAGCAGUACAAUUUCUCACCAAGUUUCAAGCAUGGCAUAAUGAGCUGUUAAUUAGGGCAGUGAAAUUUUCCAUUCCUCCUCCUCUUAUUGCCUCCCCCCCCCUCCCCCCAACUUUCAUAUGAUGUUGUGAAAGUCCCCCAAUAGUGCUUAAAGUUGCAUGUGGAUGAGACGACAAGACGUUUCUCAUCGCCUUGGUCAUCCGAAGUAUUCUGUUAAUUUUUCCUUCCAUUUUUUAAUCAGAUAUCUAAUUAUGUGAAAUUAUUUGCCGUUCUAGUAAUAUACUGUGAGGCAAACGCCCUCUGUUCAAUUUUGAUUGGAGGAUUUAGACUCAAUUUUAUGUAUGAGGACCUUUCCGACCAAAUAAAAUACCUCUAUGUCAACGUUGCUAAGAUUGUACGUACCUUCAACUGUUGAGUCCGUAAAAAACUAUACGCUCUGUUCUGCUAUUCCUCUCAUUUUGUCUCCAUUAUUCUGAAUAUUUUGGCAGAAGCAAUGUAUGAUGUAAAAUAUUCUGGAUGCUUGUAAAGGAAAAAAAAGUUGCACAAUUUAAGCAAUGUCUAAGCACUUGGCUUUAUGCUGUCCCACAGGAAAGGUCCUCGCUUACAAAACAAAUAAAAAACUAAAUUAUCUCCUGUCAUAAAAUCUUACACUCAUCCUUUAAGACUUUCUUUCUGUGCACUUGACCAUCAAGACUAUUUCAUCAGCGGUCAUCAAAAUAACAAAUUAAAAUUGAUAAUAGCUCAAAAACGAUAGCUCACAGGUGAAAUUGAAUCGGUUACUUGAAUACUGCUUGUAAAUUUUACAAGCUUUAAGAACUUUUCAUUUUCAGAGAUCUCUGAAAACAGCAUGGAUAGGAGAUUUAUAGCCUCGUAAUUUGGAACGAAAAAUUUUUAAGAUAAAUUAGAUGUCCCUAGUUUUAAAAUUAUAUUUUAUUGAAGUCAACUGGCAGUUCAUACCGCUCUGAUUUUUAAGCCCUUAAGAGAGUUCAACCUUCGUUCACUGUAUUCAGUUCCUGGUCAUCUAAGCCACUGCCAAUUUAAACUGUGCUUUUUGUGUUCACUAGUCCAUCUUUUUGUCUGAUUACGCUCGGAAUGUAAUGUCAUGUGGAUGUAAAGCCAAUGUAGACAAAAUUUAGAAAUAUUUUAUCAAAAAAUCUCAUCUCGCCCUCUCUAGUGAAUUUUUCACUACAAUCUUUAAUGACAAUUUUUUCCAUGCUGCCAAAAAUACAUGGUACCUGUUACUUACAUAACCGGCAACUUAUAUCUCUGUGCUCUCUUGCCUAACUGUCAAUUCUCUCCAGCGCUUCUCUCUUACAGCACAAUGAUGGCUAAACAUUAUAUUUUUUUAACUGUCCAUUAAUUGUAUUAACGGAAUUUUCUGAUGUACUUUGUGGUCUUUCAAGUAGGGAAUAAAAAAUGAAAAAAUUAUCUGUAAAUAAAUAUUUUUAGCUAAAUCCCCAAUGUCUUUCUUAGAUUUCAAAGUGUAUUUUUGUGGUAUGUAUUUUUAAAUUUUAUACUCUGUAUAGUUUUAUUAUGAUUGCUUCUCUUUGUUUGGAGCAAUGUGUAUGGCUAAAAUUGUGAGUCUUUAAAACAGCCAAUGCUUGUAAUGUUUCAGUGCUUUUAAAGUUGAUUUUAAUUAUAUACAUUUCUUUUAUUAUUACUUUUUUAUUUUUGGCUGAUUUAAUAUUACAACCUAAGUGUUCAAAAUAGGGAAAAAUUUAGUCUCUAAUGUAGAAGAUGUUUUUUUUCUCACUCAUCCUGUGAAUGCAACAAAAUAUCAGUGUUGAGUUGCUUUUAUUCAAGCCACUGACGCCCCCCCCCCCUUUCCAGAAGAACUUAUGGUAAGGUAAUGAUCAAAUUAAUUCAUCAGCUCUUGUUUUCCUGUAAUGGACUCAAUCUAAUGUUUUAAAGAAUGAAAAUUUCAAAAGUCUGGUAGUAACCCUCCUGAGCACUUUUUUCACAAAAAUAACAAUUUCAACAAAGCUAGUUUUUGCCUGUUCUUAAUUUGGGAAAAAAAAAGUGAGGGAUCUGUAAUUCGAUUGAAUUUUCAGAGUUGUUUUGAAAACAUCAAGUAAUUCAAAACUUCUCAUAUUGGAACCAGGUCUUCAUUCUUGAAAAAUAAUAGUAGAUUCUGAGCAAAAAUUCUGUGUAAUUUUGUUUUCAAUUUUUCGUUGAAGGCAUGUUUUCAUCACUUUUAAAGACUCCAGUUUUUGCUUCAUUAGCUUCAUAUCUUUUUCAUUUUGUUAUACUUAAUUUUUUAUACUAUUUUUAGUUCUCAUCUCAUAAUUUUAAUCUCUGUUUGUUCAUUUUUUUAGUUAAUUUUUCUUCACUUCUAAUGAAAGAAUGGCUUAUCUGUUUUGAAAGGAAAAUGUCAAAAUUAAUGUUCUAUUGAACCUUAAGUUGUAAUCAAUAAAAUCUCUCUUUCAUUAAA